GUAGUAUCCCUCCAGAAAUAUGGAACUUGAAGAGUCUUGUAGCCUUGGACAUGAGUGAUUGCUCCCUCAAUGGUCCAAUCUCUUCCAACAUCAGUCAUUUAACCAAUCUGGUUUCUUUGUCUCUUGCAAGCAAUCAAAUCAAUGGAUCCAUACCUUCAGAAAUGGGAAAUUUAAAGAACUUGGUUUCUCUGGAUCUAUCUGGAAACUUGUUUGUGGAUCUAAUACCAUCCCGUCUUGGACAAUUAACCAGUUUGACAUUUCUAGAUCUCAGUUUCAAUUCAUUUAGUGACUCCAUCCCUCCAGAAUUUGGGGGAUUGACGAAUCUCACUGAACUCCACAUGAGUCACUGCGAACUUGGUGGUCCGCUCCCUCCAACUUUGGGUCACUUGACAAAUUUGAGGAUCUUGUACCUUGGAACAAAUUAUUUUUAUGGCUCCAUCCCAUCAAACAUAGGAAAUCUAAGUAAUUUGGAACUUCUGGGUCUUGGUGAUAAUAACUUAGUAGGUGUCAUUCCUUCUGAAAUAGGAAAUAUGAUGAAACUAAAUAUUUUAGAUCUUAGUGCUAACAAUUUCACUGGUCCUAUUCCUUACACUCUAGGCCCAAUCCCAGAAACUUUGGCUGGUUUUCCACUUAACUCUUUUAUAGGCAACCCAGGUUUAUACGGUUAUCCUUUUAACAGCCCCACUACUUCAACUUCUCCUUUCACUCAACAUAGAAAAAAUUCCAACAAAGUGUUGAGACAUGUUAAAAUUAUUCUUCUUAGCACCAUUUCUCCUGUUUUGGUAUCUCUGGCAUUGUUGUUACUUUCUCGGAGACUAAAUGGAGCUAAAAGUAAGGAAGCAGUUCUAAGUCCAACAAAAAAUGGGGAUUUGUUCUCAAUAUGGAACUUUGAUGGGAGGGUUGCAUUUGAAGACAUUAUUGUAGCAACUGAAGAUUUCGACAUUCGAUAUUGCAUUGGUACUGGUGGCUAUGGUAGUGUUUAUAAGGCACAAUUGCCAAGUGGCAAAGUAGUUGCCUUAAAGAAACUUCACCGGAGGGAAUCAGAGGUACCCACUUUUGACAGGAGUUUUAGGAAUGAAGCUAAGAUGUUGACAGAAAUACGACAUAAGAAUAUUGUCAAGCUUCAUGGGUUCUGUCUGCAUAGACAGUGCAUGUUUUUGAUUUAUGAAUACAUGGAAAGAGGAAGCUUGUUCUGCAUUCUUAGAGAUGAUGCUGAAGCUGUGGAAUUGGACUGGAUGAAAAGGGUGAAUGUCAUAAAAAACACAGCACAUGCUUUGUGUUACCUUCACCAUGACUGUAUCCCACCCAUCCUUCAUCGGGACAUAUCAAGCAACAACAUUCUAUUAAACUCGGAGUUAGAUGCUGUUGUUUCUGACUUUGGAAAUGCUAGGCUUUUGGAUCCUGAUUCAUCUAAUCAUACCACACUUGCUGGCACCUAUGGUUAUAUUGCCCCAGAGCUUGCCUAUACAAUGGUUGUGACUGAGAAAUGUGAUGUUUAUAGCUUUGGGGUUGUAGCAUUGGAAGUACUAAUGGGAAGGCAUCCUAGAGAACUGUUGACAUUGUUAUCAAAACCAUAUUCUUUGCAAAAUGUGAUGCUAAGUGAUGUAUUGGACACACGUCUAUUGCCUCCAAGAACCAGAAAUGUUAUCCAAAGUAUUGUUGUUGUUGCCAUGCUUGCAUUGGCUUGCUUGCGUGCAAAACCCAAGUCCAGACCAACAAUGAAAUAUGUGUCUCAACAACUUGUUGCCUGCCAAAGACAACUUUUGAAGCCUUUUCCAACUAUUUCUUUGUUGGAACUUGUAAGUUCUGAUUUGGGGAUGGAAAAUGGAAGGGAACCUCAACCGGAAAUUGCAUUAGAACUUGCAAAACUAAAUACUGAUUUGGGGAUGGAAAAUGAGAGAGAACCUCAUUCAGAAGUUUCAUGUCAUCUAGAUGAGUUCCAUGGUUCUUCCUCAAAUUAGAUUCAACUGAGUUUCCUUGUCCUUUUUUUUUUCAAAAAAUAAGUCUGUUUGUCUAUUUCAUGCUUUACUUUUCUGUAUUAAUAUGUUGAAAUUGAAUAACACCUUGUUUUGUAUAUAUUUCUCAACCAGGACCACAAAUUUUUGUACUAAACACAUGAAUGCACC